CAGCACAAAUACAUAUUUUACUCUUCCUUCUCCCACAAAAGAAAAAAAUAAAAAAAGAGACUUAUUGUCAUAUUUGCAGAGAAAGCUACUUCACUCCUUUCUCUUCCCUUCGUCUCUCCGUCUCCCCUCAUCCCUACAUUUUUCUUUCCAUUCCCACUUGAAACCGUUUCUGUUGCUUGCUUUUGGAGCAUCAUCGAAUUUGUUCUUCUGAUUUAUCCUAUUCUGGUUGGGUGGGAGAGGAGAUAAUAGCCUUUGCCCCCUUUGAUGGCAGCGGCAGAAUCUGGAACCGAUCGGAACAACUUUGAUUUUGGAUUUGGAGUUUUCCCGUGAAUGAAUCUGUUUGUUUCGCUGCUGUCUAUGUAUUAUUGUUGUUAUGGGGAAGAAUACUGACGAAGAGCAGAAUCUUCCAGUGAGCGACGGAGCUGCUACGGCUAGGAAUAAUAACGGGGGAGGAGGAAAAAACAGAUGUUGUUGCUGCUGCGUUCGGAUCUCUAGCUACUUUAGUCUCAGAUGCGUUUUGAUUCUUGCUUUCUCCGCUGCUGUGUUUCUCUCCGCCUUGUUUUGGUUACCUCCAUUCCUCGGUUUAGCAGAUCGAGGUGAUCUAGAUCUCGAUCCACGGUUUAAAGAUCACCAAAUAGUGGCGAGUUUUGAUGUUGGAAAACCAGUUUCAUUCAUGGAAGACAAUUUGUUGCAGCUUGAGAACGAUAUCACCGAUGAAAUAAGCUUUCCCAUGACCAAAGUUGUGGUAUUAGCACUUGAACGCUUAGGCGAUCUUAACAGAACAAUGGUUGUUUUUGCCAUUGAUCCCGAGAAGGAGCAUUCUAAGAUACCUGCCGAAAUUGAGAGUCUGAUCAAGGCAGCUUUUGAAACUCUUGUUCAAAAGCAGUUGUCUUUCCGCCUGACUGAAUCCUUGUUCGGGGAACCAUUCUUUUUCGAAGUGCUUAAAUUCCCUGGAGGUAUCACUGUGAUCCCUCCCCAGCCUAUAUUUCCUCUGCAGAAAGCGCAACUUCUCUUUAACUUCACAUUGAACUUUUCGAUUUACCAAAUUCAAACAAACUUUGAGGAACUCACUAGCCAGCUGAAGAAGGGUAUUAAUCUGGCUCCCUACGAGAACUUGUACAUAACCUUGUCAAAUUCCAGAGGUUCAACAGUGGCGCCUCCUACAAUAGUUCAUUCUUCUGUUCUGCUCACAUUUGGUUCUUCUUCGAGGUUGAAGCAACUUGCUCAAACAAUCACUGGCUCCCAUUCCAAAAAUCUCGGCCUAAACCACACCGUAUUUGGUAAAGUUAAGCAAGUCCGUCUUUCCUCGAUCUUACCACACUCACCUGCCACAUCAUUAUCCCCUUCCCCUUCCCCUCAGCCUGAAACCCACGAACACCACCAUCAUCAUCCUCAUCCCCAUCAUCAUCAUCA